AAGCUAGCUGUCUGUUUACAUAAAUAUUUGUUUUUAUUUUUAAUAUAAAUUAAGUUUUGAAAAUAUUGAAAUAAUAUUUUUGAUUAAAAAAUUUAGUUUCUGCAUCAGAUAUUCCAAUACAUACAUUCAAAAGACCGAUAAAAUGGCCAAAUUUAUUUCACAAGAAACUUUUGAUGAUGUUGUCAGAGAAAAUAUUAUUGAAUUUUCAAUGUCACCGAAUGAAGCCCGAGAAGAAACUAUUAAACAAUUUGAAGCUCAAGAUAUUAAUUUGGCUAAUAUUAUUAAAGAUUUAACAAUAAAUGAUGAAACUGGUGUACCAAUUUUAAAUGAAUGUAUUCAUAAAUUAAAAUCUCAUAUUGAUGAUGGUAUAAAAUUAAAUGAGAAUGAUUUAAUUGAAAAUCUUAAAAUAUUGGAAUCAGAAUGCAAAAAGUCUAUACCGCAUAGAGUUAUGGCAGCUAAACAUGGUGCUCAUGAAAUUUUACUAAAAAUAAUUGAAAAUGAACUUAACUUACCGGAAUCAUCACGAAAUAUUGAUUUAAUGGUAUAUUGUUUAAAUGCAAAAACAGCCUUAACAAAUAAAUAUCCAGAUAUAUUUGAUGAUAAAUCAUUAAAAAUUGUUAUAAAAAUUUUGGAUACUCAUAAAAAUGAAAUAAAUUUGAUAUCAGCAACACUUCAGUAUUUACCGAAAGCAUGUGUUCUACAUGAAAUUAAUCGACAAAAUAUUAUGAAUGCAAAUAUAAUGAAUUACACUAAACCUCUUGUUAAAAAUCCAAAUGGAAAAGUUGUAAAAGAUUUAUGUACAUUAUAUCGCAGUUUGAUAUUAGAUGAUGAUAUACGUGUAGAAUUUGGUAAAGCACAUGAGCAUGCAAGACAAAUUGCUUCAGAAGUUCUGAUUGAUUUAACAAAAAUUCUAUCAGAGCACGAUGAUGUUAAUGUUUUAAGUGAUUUAAUUUUAACAAUUGCAUCACUAGUUGUUCGCCAAGAAUUUUGUAUUGCAGUUGAGGAGGAAGGUGGCUUAGAACAAGUUUUUAAUUUAAUGAAUAAAUUCCCAAAUGAAGUUAAAUUAAAUCGUGAAGCCUUAAAAUUAUUAAGGGCCUUGGGCGGACAUGAUCAAGUUAAGAAUAAAAUUGUUCAAAAAGGUGCACCACCAAUAAUUUACAAUAUUUUGGAUAGUAAUAAGGAGAAUGAAAGUGUAACUGCAAAUGCUUUGGCAUGUGUUUCAACACUUACAUUACGUGUUAAAGAGAACAGUGCAGCAUUUUUCGAAACUGGAAUUGCUGAAGUAAUAAUUGAGAGCAUGAAAAUUCAUCCUAAAAGUAAAAUAGUUCAAAGAAAUGCUGCUUGGGCAAUACGUAAUAUGGUGUCAAGAUCUCGUGAACAAUGUGAACAUUUUCUAUCAUUUGGUGCUGAAGAACUAUUAAAUGCUGCUUUACAAGAGUUUCCAGCUAUUUUGCAUGAUGUUAAAAGUGCUUUACGUGAUUUAGGUUGUAAAGUUGAUCUUAAAGAAGAAUGGACUGGAAAAGCUGAAAUUAAAAUUGCUAACUAAGAAAUAAUAUAAAGCUGACUUCAAUUGUAUUUCAUAAAAAGAAAACGAUAUUCAACUAAACACUUAUAAAAACAAUUGCACUAAAAUGAUUUAUAUACUCUUAGUUUACAUAACUGGAAGUUUUUACAUUAUUUUCAUCGAAAUAUUCAAUUGACAUUGAAAAAUUUAAAAUAAGGGGGACUCAUGAAUUUCUUCAAAAUUCCCACAUUUAUUUAUUUGAAAGUCAUGCUUUUUUUGUUAUUGUGGUAAUUGAAUACUAAAAAUGCAUUAACUUGAAACUAAUUAUUAGUGUUUUAUACUUUUAUAAAUUUGAUAUUAAUCAAAAAUUUAUUUAUUGCAAAUAAAAUAUAUUA